AUGACAAGAGCAACAGACACGGGAUUGAAGUUUUUCGCAUUAUCGGCAGUAUAUUUUGCCUUAUAUACCAGGGUCAUUCCAUCUACGGAUAAAUUCCACGAUGAGAUAUUACCAUACCUUCCAUGGUGGUUAUUAGUUACAUUUGGUUCAUAUGCCCUUUCUACAUUGGGUUGGGGGAUAGUAACGUUUAAAGACAAAGAAGAUAAAUACGAAGAGUUAAAAGCACAAAUUGAGGAAAUCAACGCGUACUACGACUCAAUUGGUUUGGUUCGGGACUGA